UUGGGGUUGGAAGCCAAGCCUCUCUUUCAUUCUAUUCGUUUGUAUUAGCUCUGGUGGCCACUUUGAGGCUUGGCACGCAAGGUGGCGGCGUCACAGCAAGGCGGAGGAAGGGGGCGUUGGGCGAACAUGGCGUUGAUUUCUCCUGUGACAGUUCUCUGAGGCAGUGUGAGUGACAGAAGCCGGGACAAGGGGCCAGCUCCCCAGUUGGGGCGUGCCAGGGUAGCGGCUCUCUCUGCUGCCAUAUGGAAGCAGCCGAGAUGAGCAUGGAGAACAUGGAGACCCUGACGGAACUGGGCGACGAGCUUACCCUUGGGGAUAUUGAUGAAAUGCUUCAGUUUGUUAGCAAUCAGGUUGGAGACUUUCCUGAUAUAUUUGAAGAUCAGUUAUGUCCAAACUACCAAGGCAGCACUGCGAUGGAGACAAGUUUACCGAAGACUUAUAACCAGGUCCAGCAACAGAAUUACCAGAUUGCAACACCACAGCCUCAAGUCGUGUCUGUCAAAGUUCCUGUUCAGGCUACCCCACAAAGAACCACACCGCUUCUCCAGCCCCGACCUUUGCUCCAGUCUCCUCCACAACUGCAGCAGCAGACUGUAAUGCUGACUCCAACUUUUAGCACAGCCCACCACACUCGAUUUAUACAGCAACCGCUCAUCUACCAGAAUGCUGGUACCACAAGCUUUCAAGUGUUUCAGCCGCAAGUUCAUAGUCUGAUGGCAACACAGGUGCAGCCUGUCACUAUCCAGCAGCAAGUGCAGACUGUCCAAGGCCAGAGAGUACUAACACAAACAACUAAUGGAACUAUCCAAACCCUGAGCCCAGCGACACAGAGCACAAUCCAUACACUGACUCCAGCUACUGUUCAGACUGUAACACCACAAGUCCAGCAAGUUCCUGUUCUGGUACAACCUCAGAUAAUUAAAACUGAGUCACUGGUGCUGACAACAUUGAAAGCAGAUGGCAGCCCAAUGAUGACUGCGGUUCAGAAUCCUUCAAUCACCACACUUACUGCUCCUCUACAAGUACCUACACUAAUGGGUGGCAGUGGAACUAUUUUGACAACUAUGCCAGUCAUGAUGGGACAAGAAAAGAUGCCUAUCAAGCAGGUACCUGGCACUCUGAAACAGCUAGAGGUGCCAAAGGAGGGUGAGAGGAGAACAACACACAACAUAAUUGAGAAGAGGUAUAGAUCGUCAAUCAAUGACAAAAUAAUUGAGCUAAAAGACUUGGUUAUGGGAACAGAUGCAAAGUUGCACAAAUCUGGGGUCUUGAAGAAAGCCAUUGAUUACAUAAAAUACCUGCAGCAAUCCAACCAGAAACUGCGUCAAGAAAAUAUGGCCCUCAAGCUGGCCAAUCAGAAAAACAAAUAUUUGAAAGGCAUUGAUUUGAGCAGCUUGGUGGACACCAGCAUGGAUAUGAAGAUGGAUGAGUUCAACCAAAAUAUUUUAAUGAUGUCUCCCCCAGCAUCUGACUCUGGAUCACCUGCAGUCUUCUCUCCUUAUUCUGUGGAUUCUGAGCCAGGGAGUCCACUGCUUGAUGAUGAAAAGGUUAAGGAUGAGCCAGACUCUCCCACUGGAUUGGGCAUGAUGGAUCGUUCACGAAUGCUCCUCUGCGCUAUGACAUUCCUUUGCUUGACAUUUAAUCCUCUGACAUCGUUGCUUCAUUCAGAAAGUGAACAGCAUUCGGAUAGAGCUAUGCAACAUGGCACAAGUAGAACUAUGCUGGGUAUCGAAGUGUCAGGUCUUUCUGGGAGCUGGCUCGACUGGCUUAUCCCCACUUUAAUUCUCUGGUUGGUAAAUGGAGUGAUCGUUCUCAGUGUCUUCAUGAAACUGUUGAUCCAUGGGGAACCGGUAACCCGAUUGCACUCUCGCUCUUCUGUGAAGUUCUGGAGACACCGCAAACAAGCUGACUUGGAUCUUGCUCGGGGAGAUUUUGGAGCAGCCGCAAUAAACCUACAGACUUGCCUGUGUGUACUGGGUCGCUCACUUCCUGCUUCCCGUUUUGAUCUUGUAUGUAGCUUAUCCUGGAACAUAAUAAGGUGUAGCCUACAGAAAAUGAGUCUGGUACGCUGGCUGUUAAAACGUACCCCUGGCUAUUGUAAGAAAGCAGAAUUUCAGGAUGAGGCCACAACCAGCGCUCGAGAUGCUGCUCUUGUCUAUCACAAAAUGCACCAGCUGCACCUGACAGGGAAGCUGCCAUCAAAUUGGAACUGCUCCGGUCUAAACCUAUCACUCUGUGCAGUAAACCUAGCGGAGUGCGCUGGGGACAAGAUACCACAGAGUUUAUUAUCAGAAAUCCACCUAACCACAGCUGUACAGAUGAAGACCACCUUCUCAAAGAGAUUCUCCUUCUUGCCUGCAUACUUCCUUCGGUGUGCACAAAGCACCAGCCUUUCCACUGACACAGAUUCUCUCCCAGAGUCCUUACGGUGGCUCUCACAUCCACUAGGGAAACAUUUCUUCAUCAAGUCCAAUUGGACAGUAAAGAGUGCUGCUAAAGAGUCUCUGUACAGCUCUUCAAGAAACCCAGUUGACCCCCUUGCUCAGAUCCAUCAAGCCUUUUGUGAAUUCUUGCUGGAGAAAGCAUUGUUCUCUCUUGCAAAGCCAGAAACUAGUAAAGUGACAACGGAAGAAGACAGCUGCGAGUUUACCAAAGCUCAAGUGUACUUAAAGCUUUUGAAUGUAUUUGCUGAUUCAGUAGUUGGUGUCACCUCUCUCCCAAUUGGAGGGUCUACCAACAUGUUGUCCCCUGCCAGUACAGAUCCCAUCUGUCGCUGGUGGUAUUCUGUAUCCUCAAUGGCAAUUGGCUGGCUGCAAGGGGAUGAUUGUGUUGUGAAGUUUCAUUAUUUGGAUGUAGAAAGGAUACCCAAGCUUUUAGAUGCUGAGAACCCUUUAGUGAAGUCGGUGAUCCACAUGUGCAGAGCCUUGCAAGUGUCUCUGUCAGGGAAGACUGAUAGUGCACAAAACUCUUUCUAUCAGUGUGAGAAAGCUAGUUCCUUCUUGUGGAAUAGUCUGAAUAUGAGCAGCACGUGCAACAGUGAUCUCAACAAGGUAGUACAGCUGUUUAUCUGUGACCUCCUGUUAUCUAUGCGCACUUCAUUAUGGCAGAAACAAGCCUGUUCUAGUCCAGCAUCUGGAGAAGCAGUGCAUGCUUCCAAGUCUGUGCUGACAGGAUUCCAUAGGGAUCUCAGCAGUCUUCGCAGGCUGGCGCUCACCUUUAAACCUGCACAGUGCAAGUUGUUCCUGCAUGAAGCUACAGUCCGACUUAUGGCUGGGGCAAGUCCCACCCGUACGCAUCAGUUGCUGCAGCACAGUCUUCUGAAGCGUCCACCAAGUGCCAGUAAGACUGGUGAAUUGGACUCAUUUCUUGGGCAGAGGGAGAGAGCCACAGCUAUCCUUUUGGCGUGCCGUCAUUUGCCCUUGUCAUUUUUAUCUUCCCCAGGGCAAAGAGCGGUUAUGUUAGCUGAAGCAGCACGGACUUUGGAGAAGGUGGGCGACAGACGCUCAUACCUGGACUGCCAGCAGAUGAUGGUUAAACUCAGUGGGGGCACUGCUAUGGCAGCUUCUUGAGACCCAUCUUUCUUCAGUAUGGCAUCACAUUGUGAACUUCUUCCAGACGUAAAUACAGGCCCUUUUGGUAACAUAGGUCACCCCAGUCAUCAGUUCUCAAUACCAAAUCCUAUAAAGCUGGGAGCGCUCAAUUAUUUCAAUAUUUUACUGUAAGGGACAGUCAUCAGAAUGGAAGAGAAGCGUAAAAGAUAAUAACUCAUAUUCAUGCAGUUUGUGUGUGCUCCAGAUAUUUAUAUUGCUGAUCACAACAGAGUAUAGUGAUCAGCUUUUGUAAUUUAUAUACAUUUUCUUUCUUUCUUUUUUUAAACUAUUGAAAUAGCCAGUGUCACCUUUUUAAAGGUGUAUUAUCACUUAAUCGAGCAAACUUUUUAAGUAAACUUUAAAAUGUCUGGGGAGAUGGUGUCUAAAUGGGAGGACCAAUUAGAAGCAAUGAGGACCACGAUUGCAGCUUUUGCUUUUCCCUCCCGUACACCACCUCUACAGUGCCACACACCCUCUGUGGUUUUUCUUACAUCACAGCCAAAAACAAAAAUAAGGAAAAAUGGCUGCUCCUGGGUGUUGCACCCCUCCUGACUUUCAUCCUACCUAGUAAUGUGGCACCAGCCUUGGCAUGUAGUUAUUUAACUAUCUAAGGGUGAAACCAUUAAAGCCCACUUAAGCAGCAGAGAGACAGCACUGAGAUAAAAGUUCAGAAAUGAAAACAAUCUUGAUUGGUUACAAAACAAAAAACAUUCAGUAUUAAAUACUUGGUGCAAAAUAAAAACCUUUUAAGUAGGA